CUUGGGGAGGGGGAGGAGAUCCGCGCCCUCCUUAAACGGGCUGCCCCCGCGCUGCACUCUGGAUGCGCGGAGCCGAGCAGUCACUGGAAGAGGCGAUCUGACGUCAGCCGGAGAGGUAGUUUCCAGGCUGAGCUGUCAGACCGUAUAGCAGGUUAGGUAUUAAAGGCACAUCUAACAGCCCCGAGACCCCUCCUCUUGAACGGCCUGCGCGCACACAAAGAAGUCCCAUCUCCUCGUCCAGCCAGGAUCCAGCAGCAUCAGCAACUAGUGCUCGCCUCGACCAAGGCUUUGGAGACGAACACUGCCGGCAGCGAGGCCAGGAGGGGAAAGGGGGGCGGGAGUGGGAAGAAGCGCAAGAAAGAAAAUGAAACCGUCGAGGAAAAGUUUGAACCAAGACAAAUCUGCCAACAGUUCCACAAUGUCUGACAGUGACUUUGGGGAAGAUGAUGGGAGCAUUUCUCAGGACCCAUCCCAGCCUGGCAAGAGGAAACGAAGGGGCAAUCUCCCCAAAGAGUCUGUCAAGAUUCUGCGGGAAUGGCUGUAUGAACAUCGGUUCAAUGCGUACCCUUCAGAGCAAGAGAAACUCAGCCUUUCCGGGCAAACAAGCCUCUCAGUUCUACAAAUUUGCAAUUGGUUCAUCAAUGCCAGGCGCAGACUUCUCCCUGACAUGCUGCUAAAGGAUGGCAAAGACCCAAACCAGUUCACUAUUUCUCGCCGAGGCACCAAAGCCAGUGAUGUAGCACUUUCCCGUGGAGCUGCUGCAGGUUCUGGACUCUUGAUGGUGCCUCCUCCUGCUGCUGCUGCAGCCACUACAUCCAAGGUCCUCUCCAUGUCUGUGUGCCCCCCUGUGAUCUGCCAGACUUCUCGGCCACUGGCUGGCAACUUGACUGUGAUGACCAGCGACCUAGAGAAACGAUCCAUGCUCCAACGGAUUGAACUGGAAUCCCAUACCAAGCAGUCACAGCUGAGUGCAACAGGCAACACGCUGGCUCUUCUCACCCGGGCAGAUGCAUCCAGUCCCACCAGUGGACUUUUCAACACGCCUCCUCCAACACCACCUGAGCUUUUUGGAGAGGACUUCAGCAGCUUCCAGUUGCUGGUAGAAGUGGCUCUGCAAAGAGCAGCUGAGCUUGACUCACAGAAGCUGAGUGGGCAACUGCCUCCAUCACCACAGAGAGAAUCUUCUCCUGCAAAAAACAAGUAACUUCCUGUAGCCUCUGGUUUCCUCUCAGAGACAGCCCUUUCUUUUUUCCAGAAUUUCUUUUCUGUUGGCUUUUGCAGCGAGAGCUCCCAUUAGAAGUUAAUGCUGUGAUACGGUCUCUUGUCAAACCAGGAACCGUUAUGGUGGAAGCCUCCAUUCUCCUUUAUGCUGCCAGCUGACCUUGGAAACAAGGCACCCCCAACUUUAUAUAAACAUUUCCCUCACAGGAGGGCACACACUACUUCAUCCUUUGGGUUGGCAUCAGGCUAAAGGCAUCAUAUCUCUGAAGCCGCUUGGAAGAGAUGGUCUAUUCAGGGGUUCCUGGCUCCUGUUUUUGGAAGGGCCCCAAACUUGAACAUCUUCUGAGAAGAUGUAGUUGCUGGUUGAUGUUUUUAUAAUGCUUGACUCUUUUUUUAAAAAAAAAAUGUUGUGGAAGAUUUAGACAAUACUUCUUACCUUCUUCCCACCCCUCCCUUCUCCCCCAGAUUUUCAAAGCUCACUGACAUGGACUAGGACGAGAAAACAGUCCAAAGCAGUUUAUCAGAAACAAAUACUUUUUUUCCUUUUUGAUAACUGAAGACAAGCAAAGAGCUAUUUCACCACCCUUGGCUUUUUUUUUAUGUAUACAGAACAUACUUUUAAUUUCAAUUUUCUUGGAGGGGACAGGGAAAUGUUUCUGUUCCCCUCUCAUUUUCUUUUAAAGUUGUAUCAUGUUGUAGCAUAUGGUUGAAUUGGUGUGAAUAUGUGGCUGGUCCUUACAUCACACCUGGUGGGAGUCUCCCAUAACGAACAAAUGAGUUGGCAGCCUUUAAAGAUUGUGGCAUUCUUUCUCUUGGACAGGAAGAGCAGAUGAGCAUCACCUUGUGAAUACUGGUGCCAGUAAAAGAAACAAAAGCAUAGGGUGCUUUAGAUGAUCUACUUUAGGUGCUGGCAGAAAUUUAGCUGGUUUCUUCGAUAACAGAGCAUUCUUCUGUCUACUCCUUCUUCCAUUUGUUCUGUUAAGUACAACACUAGAAGAGAAAGAGAGGACUAUGCUGGCAGAAGGGUAGCCAUAAACCAUGGAGAGGGCAUUAAAUCAAAGGUGUGGAAGAAACUAAAAAACAAAAUUUUUCAAAUGUGAAGUUGCUUUAAACAACGCUUUCUCCUUUUUAAUUUUGGACAUGAACUGUAUCUCUGUGUGACUUUGGGAAUCUUGCAGCAUCUCUGACAGGUGCGCUAACAAAACUACCUAUACAAAUCAACAAGAAUUCAUUUUGACUUGGGUAUUUUUGUAUCCUUGCUUUCAUCAUGCUGAAUGUAGUUGCUCCUUUGCUGAUGGAGCAAGGGUGCCCUCUCAUGGCCAAGAAAGGAAGUCAAGCAGAUCAGGGCUUCCAUUCUACAGGCAAUUCUGAAUAUCGCUCCCAUGUGAUGUUCAUGUGUUCCAUAUGUCUAUAGUCUUGAUGGACCCAAUAAUAGUUUUAUUAUUCAAAAUGAGAGAAAAGGGAUACACUUUGGAUUUAGGUGGAGGGAAAUCAAGGCUUGUCUGUUGAUCAUUUAGAAGACAGACCAUUUAGAAGAAUGCAUUCAUCUUUUCAUAUCCUCUUUUGCCCUGAGUUCAAGACUUGCACAAGAAUGGCAUACCCUGGGUGGUAGAAUCAUCCACCUCUUUUUUGAAUAGUGCUGUUUCACUGUAAAUGUAAGUUAAAUAGUGAUCUAUUAUAUACACCUAUAUAUCUAUCUUGAGAAACACUAAUUUUAGAGGGUGUUAGCCUAAUUAUUAUGUUGCAUGAAUAGUAAAGAUAAAGCCCAGCAGAAUACAACUUUUUGUCAGAUAUCUUUGAAUCAGGCCUAGAAGCUGGUGAUUGAUUUCAUGGUAGAUUUUGAGAGGAGAAUAAAGGGUCUGUAGGAAAAUAAGAGCUCAAGUGGGAGGCCUUAUGGCUUCUACCAAUAUUGAGUGCCUUCCCCCUCAACCUUCUUCCCUUCCCCUGGAAAGUGCUACUAAGAGAAUUAGCAUAAACCCACAAUUGCUGCUGGACAUAGCCUUGUCCAUUCCCUUUUUGAUGCUCUUUGACCCUUAGUCCAAUGUCAUUGAUGGGAUGUAGAGAACUGUGCCUAGAGAGUUGCCAUUUCAAUCCAAAGUCAUCUUUAAAAUAACCCAAAGGUGCUUCCCCCCCUUCUGUUAAAAAGCCCACAGAGCUGCCUUGGAAAAAGCUUAAGCUGUUCAUUUAUUGCUAUUUUGUUUGAGGGCAUUCAUCAGUUUUGUAUCCAGUUUUCAUCCUAAGUUGAGUUCUGGAUGGUGAAUAUAUCAGUCUUUUGAUCUCUUGUAAAUCCUUUUAAAAGGAAACCACUCAAGGUUUUCUAGAAUGUGCAGCAACAUUUCAUUUUUUUACUGCUUGGAAUUGGGCAUUAUUUUAGUGUACUAUUGAAAUGGAAAUUUCUUGAACAGAUGUGUCCCAGGUCCCUAGUAACCUACUUGACUUUAAUGGUACAUAUAUCACUGAUUUCCUUUAGAGUGGGACCAGUGUGAUUAAAAUAAUACACAGGAUAUCUAAUGUAGAAAGUGCCUAAGCAGAUCUGAAACAUUAGUAUAAAAGAAAAUUUAAAAUCCAGUUCCUGCAAUGCGCUGCUCUUUGAUAUACUGCUGUACUUUGUCCUAAUGAUGCAAAGAUAUUGUUUCAGGUGAGAUGGGAACUUUGCAAGAGAGAAAAUAUUCUUUUGCUUGAACUUUAUGGAGCAGAACUACUGUAAAUAACUUUUGAAUUUUUUUUAAUCAAUAAAGUUUUUUUAAAAAGAUACCAUGCCUGGCAAGUGCAUCAUCUUCAGUACUGAAUUGGAUGCUAUGAAAUUGGAUGGUAUGAAAAGAUUUAAUUUUAGCAUCAUUUUUCCUUUUUUAUAAUAGAUCUUAAAGAGAUAGAAGUACCAUCAUGAUAAGAUGCAGCAGGUUAAAUCACAGCUGUGCUUUUGGGAUGUAUAAAAUACUUGUGUUUCUCAAACUUCUUGUGGUUAUGAGAUUAAUCUAGCUCAGUGUCACUGCAACUGCAAAAGCACUAGGGCUAUCUACUCCACUCACCAAGUUCCAAUUGCUCACAGACUGGGGAGAUUCCUGUAUUAUAGGCAGAAUGUAAUAAAGUAGUUAGCUGGAACUCUGCAUGUGUGGAUCUAAUUGUUUGUGCCUGACAAUUAAAGAGUCAAUGUCUUAGAAAACUUUCCUCUUUAUAGCUAGGAGAAAUAGACCUUUACAAUCUGAGAUUUCUGUGAAAUUAGCCAGAUAGGUAAUUAUUUUUCUGGAGAAGGCCAGUUCUCCAAAACAGGAACAAGUGUUGCUUCUUGUAACCACUUCAUCCAAUUUGCCCUAAUCAUUUCACUGUGAGGAUAACUCAUCCUACUUGACCUAUUUUGUAGUGUAGUAAGAAUUGAGAAAACAUAACUGUAGACUUUGAUGGGUGGAGUACAUCUGGUGCUGCUCUCAAAUGGGCAUUGGAAAGAUUAGUCAGUAUUGUAUAAGAGACUUCUUAUCCAGACCAGCUGUUUCCAAAUUGACUUUUAAAUGACUUAAUUUAUUAUGUGAUUUCCCUGAGAUUCCAGACAGCUCUGUCAUCAUUUGGUUAGUGAUUAACAUUUUCUCUCAUGUUUUUUCUUAAUGGGGAUAAUCAUGUCACACAGGCAAUCCCUGGAACAAAAAUACACUUCUCACAUAAUGUACAUGUUUCAUCAUACCUAAUACGGUUUUUUUUAACUUGAUAUGAUCUCAUGAAUCUUGGCAUUAAAAUUCUACUUAGAAUAGUUUCUUUCAUUACAACAAAUUGAUGUUGUUGAUAAUGCUUGAAGCACUCAAAAAGUAAAUCUACAAUGUGUUUCUAGUAUUCUGGUGUAAAAAUGCAGUAGAAAAAGUAUAUUUGUGUGAGGUUUGUAAUUACUGUACUUUAAGAAAAGUGAAUGGGUGGGCAAAAGAAAGGUUGUGUCCACAUGUUAUGAUUGCUAUAAAUUACUCACUAGUAUAUAGGGGAUAUAUAGGGAUGGAUUCAGAAGCAAAUGAGAGUACUACAUAGGCUGAUCUACAAGCUACAAAAUGAGAAAGCUCCCAUGAUGCAAAGUUAUAUCUAGAAAUGGCCAAAAUAAAAAUUGGCUUUGUAAUAUUUCAAGAAGCCACUGUUGAUUUUUCCGUUAGUAAGAUAGGUAGCAGAACAAGGCAUUCAAAAUUCAAAAGGUUUUUUAAAUCUCUCACAGAAAAACAUCAUUUAUACAAAGAAGUUAACACCAGGAUUUCCUGGGACAGAAUUCUUUUGCAAAAUUACUGUGCUUUGGUUAAUUUACUUAUAAGACACUAAAAUCAGCCAUUGGAAAAAAAAAAACUCUAAAAGAAAUUUUCUUCUACCUUUAGCACACAAGAGACAAGCAUAAUUUAGCUCCAUAUAUAAAGACUCUUAAUAUAAACCUUUUAUUGCCUUCAGUUGAUUAAGAUUUCAUCUUAAUAUGCAUUCCAGUUGAGUUAGCUCAAGUUGCAAUAUUUAAGCUGCAUUGCAAUUAAUCUUAUUUAAAAGGUUUGCUCAUAUGAAUGUGCUUUCUACCUACCAUUUAAUAUUAAGAUCAUAGUGAUCAGUAUUUAUCAGGAAGAUUUCCCAGAAAAUUAUUUACCAUCAUGAUUGGAGAUAGGAAGGGUUUUAAUGUUGGAUAAUAUUCUGUGUACAAAAACACACAAAGGAAGAACUUACUUUUCUCUCCACUAACUAGCCAUUUUACUAAUUUAUUGUACAGAAUAUAGAUGGAAUAACUUUUUAAUCUAUGAGAAUGGGCAGCAGAGCCAAGUUACAGAUUAAAUCUAUUGUUUAUUCUCCAAGAGAACAAAAGAUUCUUUGCUGAAGUCUUGGCAUUCUAGGUCUAGGUCAGCAGCCUGUCUACAUCUAGAUUAGUGCUUUUCUACCUGUUACAUCAGCUAGGACCUCUCCAAGAUAAUUGCUCUGCUUGCAUCGGCUUUCCACCUCUGAUUGACUUGAUCAUACAUGCUAAAAUUAUUCAGAAAAUUGUGAAAAAGCUGUAAAUCAGGCGCAUGCACACACACACACACAUACACACACCCUACUCCAGCAUUCUCCCUGAUACCAGCAAGACAACCUACAUCACAUCCUAUUUCUGGCUAUAAUGAGACUGGCUAAUGAGCUGUGGUUCUGACUCAGCCUGACUCAUUUUGGAAAGAAUACCAUUUGCAGGAUUGAUUCUAAUGAGGCAUCUGUAGAACCCUCACUAAAGUGUUAAUGAACAAUCCAGCUUUGCCAAUCCUACCAAAAUUUGGAUGUUAUUUGAGUCUUGUCCUUGUGACAUUUUUUAUCAUACCUGAAAAAUUUGCUGAAGUAACUUUAGGAGAGGGAGAAGGGCAGUGAGAGCCCAGCAAAUUGAACUUUCUAACAGACUAGGGUUGAAUGUGUUUUUAAAUGAAGGAAGGAUGUAUAGAGUUGUUCACUGUCCUUUAGCCUGUCUUUUAGCCAUCCUACAACAUGCAUACAUUUAGCCUUCAUGCCAUUUAUCUUCAGAGUAAGCAUGCAAAGAUAAGCAAAAAUAAAUGAAAUGAGACAGGUAGAAGAGGAAAAAAAAUCAAUUUUAAGUCUAGUUAGUACCAAGAGCAUUCGUGCUAUUCAACGCCUUUCUAUUCUGAAAACCUAUUGUUCCAGAGCCACGCCUAUACACCUCUUCGCAUGAUUUUUAAAGAUUUUUCAUCUACUCAAUCCAGUCAUAACUUUCUCAGUCUCCAGUUAUCUUUUUUACUCUUCUCGUCUUUGUUUUACCUUCUUUGAUAAUAAAGAGCCAUGGUUAGAAUGCAAUAUUGCAGGCUGACUCUCCCACUGCCAAGGUUGGCUCAGCCUUCCAUCCUUCCGAGGUCAGUAAAAUGACCCAGAUUGUUGGAGGCAAUAGGCUGAUACUUAUACACCACUUAAGAGUGCUGUAAAGCACUGUGGAGCAGUAUAUAAGUGUAAGUACUAUUGCUAUUGACUUGUAGCCCUUAUUUUCUUUCAAGACUUCAAGACUAACAUAGUACUUCCUCUUUCCCCACAACUCCCAUGGAUUAAUUUAGGCUGAGUGUGACUGGCCCAAGGUCAUCCAGUGAAUUUCUGUGGCUGAGGCUGAACUCCCCAAUGCUAGGCCAGCGCUUUAACUACAUAAUCACACUGACUGUAACUUCAUGCUGGUCACUCAUGUUUGCAAUCAGUGCAUGUUCACUCCUGACCUUAUUUUACCACAAUAGAGAUUUUUUUAUUUUAAAACUCAUUCCUUACUAAUUUCAGAAGCCCUAAUAAAGUUAAAAUUAAUCCCAUACUUCCACAAAGAACUGUCUAUCCAAAAGAAGAAAACUUUGCAGUUGGACAUGAAAAUAUUUGACAUUUCCCUAUCUCCAUGAAGAUUCAGUUUGGCUUAUUGCAGUGAUGGCAAAUCUUUUGGUCUUGAGAUCUCAAUUUAUUAUUUUUCCCCUCCCACCAAUCUAGGCCACCCUGAACAGCAGCACUCGGUGGAAAUGCUGAGGCAGGGCCUGAAGUAUAGGCCUCAACUUCCACUAGCACCACAGCUGCUACUCAAAAAGGCUGUCUUGAUUGUUUUCCAAGUCACAAAUGGGCAAUUGUCUCCAAGCCCCCCAAUGCUUUACAGGCCCUUGCAGCAGUUUUAAGGCUGCUUCAGGACACAUGAGGUUAUAGAUCUUGAAGCAGCUUUGAAGAAUUGUGCUUCCCUGGCCUCUGGAGCCUCUAAAAAAUGUGAAAGGACACCCUAUUCUAGUGCAAUUUUUAGAGACUCUGGGGCCUAUGACAGUAUUGACCUCUUCAUGCAACUUACAGAGGCUGCAUCAGAGCAUACUUCAUUCUCACAUAGUCUGUAAAAAUUGCAUGAGAAUGAGGCAUUCUUCUGAGAAUAUUUGUUGGACUGAAUACAGAAUAACAGAGUUGGAAGGGGUGAUGGUGAACGCAGUUAUGUCACCCAAAAGGUGGCGUGUCAGCUUUGACAAGUGUGUCAUAGGUUUGCCAUCACUACCAGUGGUUAACCUGUUGGACCAGGAACAGUGAAAUCAAUGCAGUGGCAAACUACUUUUGAAAAAGCUGCCUAGAAAACUGCAUAGAUUUGUCCAUGUAGUUGUCAGGAGUUGGGUCUGACUUGGAAUAGUGUAUGUGUACUUAUCAACUAUUUCCAUGGCUUUUCAGAAGCCUCCUAACCCCAAUGGUUACCAUUGGUUUCACAGCAUUUUUCCCCCUCUCAUAAAUUUCACUGAACACACAUAUUCAAUACUGGAAGAGAAAUUUAACCACCAGAGAAACGCAUUCCAGAGAGUGAAUAAAAUUGAACGCUACCAGGGACAAACCAGCUCACUAAUGGAAUUAAGAGUUGGCCAUGGGACUAUUUUUGCAUGGUAGACUAUAACAAUUUUAUACAGCUCAAAACAGAAAUCUAGAUGUAGAAAUCAACAGGUCUAGUAAUCAAUAGGACAAUAAGAGUAAUUUCCAUUGUAUAUGUAUAUUUUGCUUCUUUUGGAAAGAACAUCAAUAGAACACUAUUGCUAGUAGGUAGAAAUGUAUUUGUCAUUGAACUCUACAAAGGAUGGGAGUUGUAUUUCAGGGAGAUUUGGGCAGGGGGUUCUUCCCUAAUUUAAUUUUCUAUCUAUUGUACCAGAAUGCAACACUAUAAUUUAAAAAUCUUUCACUGUAAUUUAAAAAGCCAAUAUAUAAAGGGCACAUUUCAUUUAACCCAUGUUUCUCUUUAUACAGGAGUAAUCUCUUCCGUCUGUAUAAUCUCAUGCAAUUGGUGAGUCAGAAAAGACAUCUGAAGCCUAAAUUAGCUCAAUGAAAAAAAGACAGAAUAGAGAGUUCUGUAAGAACAGAGCUUGAAAUUCAAGUUUAACCUGAUAAAGAGAAUGUUGCCCAUAUGUCCCCAGAUCUAAGAUAUUUGCUAUUCUAGUUCAGAAGAAACAUGAAAAUAGAAAGAGAUGGAAUAAGCCACUCAACCCUGUGCUGGAUCAUUGGUACUAUUCAAUUUUAUAGUAAGGGCUGAGAGAAAAUACAAUUCCAUUUAAUUGCUCAAUACAGUUUCUUUGGGUCACUCAUUCUAGCAAGAACAUCACUAUUUGAAGUAAAUACUUUAAAUAUUUAUUCAGGAAAGUUAAUGGCAGAGAUCAAAUGGUCAAGAUAUAGAUCUAUUAACCAAUUGACCUAUUAGCUAACAUUCAGCUGCUAAUGAUCUCAAAGGAAUAUAAAAAGAAUGUAAUUUUUUGAUUGGGGAAUAUCUCAUUUUGUGGCUAAGUUUCAAAGUUGGGGAAAACCACCAUUGCUAGAUCAUCAGGCAAUAAACAAACAUGGAUUUGGAAAAUGCUCUUGCAAUGCUUUUGUUCAUUUAUUAAAGAUGAAUUUGGUCAUUCUAAGAGAUGACAAAAGAUAUCCUAAAUGUCUUGGAUGUUUUCAAAUACACUUUCCCUAAUCUCGCCCAUUUUACCUUUUAUAUCGGGUAGCUAAUUCUAGAAAGUGGAUCAGAGAUCGCAAGGAGACAGGCAUAGAAGCAUCAAAUAGAUCCUUUUGUUUUACUAUAUUUUUAUAAUGGAAGCAAAACUCACAUCACAAACUGUUGGGCCAUGGGUCAGGUACAAGGCUUUAAUUUCCUUUUUCCAAAAAAAAAAAAAAAAAAGAAAGAAAAGAAAAAGAACCAGCCAAGUCCAUCAUGAAUACCAAUCACAGUCCUAAGCAAUCCUCUCCCUUCUUUUUUUUUUCCUGCCAUAAAACUAAAAAAUAUCACUUAGGGGAACAUAUUACCAUUGUUCAUGGUUGGGAGGAAACGGGUCAUCAAAGUAGUAGGUACAUUGCUUUACAAAUCACACAAUUAGGUAAAUACAACUAGGCAAGCAUAUAUGGAGCACAGUUCCACCAAAUGGAUUUUUCAGAGCAAUUUUAACCCCAGCUCUGCUUACAUUCUCUGUUGAAAACCAAUGAAACUGGAUAGCAUAAUUGAAAUGCAAGAAACAGGGAAACAAGCAUAAGGCAUCCUGCUCGUUCCACAGAAUUAUUGCUAUUAAGAAAUCAAUUCACCUAAGCAUUUGUAGCUCUACCACUAGAUUUAAAUCUAUUGGGUAUUUCCUUGAAUCACACUGGAGAAAGGUCAGAUUUGGCCAAUUUUAUAAAUUUGGUCAGUUUCUAGCUGAACUAGAUUAUUAAAUUUUAAGGGAUCAGAACAAGAUUCAGUGAAUGCAAUCAAUUGGAUCUACUUCCAUUAUAUGAACGCAGAUGUUUUAAAAUUCCAUUUAAGCCAUCCCAAAACAUUCAGGGCCCAGAAAGGCACAAAUAAAAUGUCCUCUAGAUAGAGGUGUUUCUCACAGUGUGAAAUUCAACUCCCAGAAUUUUGGGUAGAGAAUUCUGGGAGUUGAAGUCCAUAUGUUAAAAUUGUCAAGGUUGAGAAACACUGCUUUAGAUGCUUUGAAAAGCAGCUAUGUCAUUCCCAGACAUGAGAUUUGGAUUACAGACAGGCACAGCAUUAUGGUGAACUAUGAAGAGAUAGGGCAUUGGCUAUCUUAUCGCUAACAUGGGUUUGUAGAUAGAAUAAGUUAGUUUUGUGAAGAAUCCUCUGGUACAGUUUGAGGAGAUACUGAUGCAAAGGUGACCACAAUAUUUCAAUUCCUUCAGCAAAUGUGUCAUUUCAUGCAAGUGCCACCUAUGGAAACUAUUUUCAGUGCUCUUUUGAGGAUCAAGUGGUUAUUACCAAGUUGGCUUUUAAAACAAAACAUUGGGGGGGAAAAGGUCAGUGCUGUGAGUUUGAAGCAAAGCUUCUGAUGUUCCCUUGCUUUGAAAACCAGCUGACUGCUCUUGCUUUGAUCUCACUCCCACCAAAGCCCAUAAUUACCUCCCAAGUGUAGUUAGCAACGCUGGAGGCAUGCUGAAGACAAGUCCUUGUGUUCAGGACCCCAAGUGUUUUCCAGGACUGUUUCAAAACCCAUGAUCUUUACUAUUUUUAUUGCAACAAAUUAAUGAUGCCAAUUCACACAGGGGUACACAUCAGCUAAAAAUGCCCCUUUGUAAAUACACCUAAGAUGUAAAAUGGACAAAUAUAUUCUGUGUAAAUAGCAUGUUAAGUACAUAUACCAGAGAAAAGCAUGUCUACCUUUUUUUAAGGUAAUUGUGUAAUUGUGGAAACAAACACUUCUCUAAAACCGGGAGACCUAUUUUGCUGAAUUACAUACAUUUAAGAUUUAAUCCCACUGACAAACUGCACGCCGAAACACAUACCACUGAAACUGAGUCCAUCAAACACCUGCCCUAAUUACUGACACUGCUGCUUUUGGAAAUGCAAGUAAAAAAAGUCACAUUCCAAGCGUUUCAAAUUUUAAUAGGAAGAACUGUGAAAGUCAGCCACUUGUUUCAAAAGUUGAUCAAGCACCCUCCAUAAUCAAAGUAAAGUUAUUGGAGAGGGAGAGGAAAAUAGAAUAAAUCAAGUCUCUUUUGAAGCCAUACUCUAUAUGGUCAAGCUUUCACAGAUUACAAAAUUGUACAUUAAGUGGGCAGGUAAAAAUCUAACACUCCCUAUGCAUAGACACCAUAUACAGCAUUCACUGACAUGAUUUUCAUUAAUAUACCAGUAAAAAAAAA